GGCAUCCCUGGGCUCUGAGUGGGGGCUUUGGGAUGGUGGUGGGGUCUCUGGGUUGCGAGGGGGGUCUCUGUGGUACCGAGGACAUGCUUUAUCCCACUCUCUCCCCCACUGCAUCCAGGAUCUCCCCAGGGUGUAUCAGGAUGUGCACCUCACUGCUGGUGAUGCUGGUGACACUGGUGAUGGUGCCUGCAGGGGUCUCUCCCUAUGGCUUCCGCAACUGCAUCCAGGCACCAUGGGACCCUGGGCUGUUCUGCUGCAUCCAGCGCUUCCUGAGCACCGUGGGGGCUGCAGUGGACAACCUCCUUUCCACUGCCACAUCCCUCAACCUCUCCAUCAACAUCUUGUGCCAGGUGCCCCCCGGUGCCUUUGCCCACCUGCCGUGACUCUACACCCUUGUUCUGACCCACAACCAGCUGGAACUCCUGUCCCCGGGGGCUUUCUGGGGCCUGUCAGCACUGGCCCACCUAGACCUGGCCCACAACAACAUGUCAGUGCUGGCCACAGGUGUGUUCACCGGGCUGGGCAACCUGCGCACACUGCGGCUGGACCACAACCCUCUGCAGAAGGUGGCCCCCAGGGCUUUCUGGCCACUGACCACACUCAGCACACUCUGGCUUUGGGGUGGCCAGCUCAGUGCACUGGAGCCUGUGGCCAUGGCCAUGGGGCAUCUGACACACCUGGACCUGCUCGACCUGUGUGGCAACAUGCUGUCGACACUGGGCCCAGGGCUGCCGCCCACACUGAGGGUCCUGCGCCUCUACAACAACUCCCUGGGAGCUCUUUCAGGGGCCUCCCCUGGGGUGAUGCCCCCAGGGCUGCGUGUGCUCGACCUAUCCUACAACAUCUCUGACGCUGUGCCGCUCGCUUGCCUGUGCCUGCACAACCUAACACACCUACACCUGGCUGGGAGCCCGCUGGACGUGGUGCAGCUGCUGCGCACGGUGUGA